GGGCUCUGACGUCACGCUCGUGGGUGUGACCAAAGCGUAGGGAGGACGGUUUGGUUUUCUCGCUCCCUCAUAAGUUCCGCUUCCGGUUUGAAGCGGAAAAGGAACACACGGUGAGGGGACUGGUUGCCUAGCUGUCGCGGGAAAGGCACGAUGGAGCUGCGGGCGGAGCUGACAGGCCGCGGAGGGGAGAAGCGGCCUCUGCGGGUCCCUUGCGAGCCGCCGGGGGAGCUGCGGGGCCUCCUCGGGGGCUUGGCCCGCCUUCGGGAGGAAGUCAGCGCCCUCCUCAGCCCCCUGGUCGAACAGGAGAGCCGCGCCGGAGGAGGAGACCCUGCCGAGGAUGCAGGUGAUGAAGAUGAGGAUGAAGAUGAGGAAGAGAAUCACGUGAAUGCCAACCCAUGUCCUGACGGACCACCGCUAAAACGUACAAAAAUGCACUCCUGACGAAAGCUAAGCAUCUUUUUUUAAAGCCUUUGGACCAUUUUCCUCCACAAAGAGUUCUGGUCUAUUUUGAUAACUAGAUACAUACCCAGAUUUGUAUUGUUUUAUCAUUAAUUUAAUAAUAACUUAAUGAUGUAAAGGGAAAUGUAUUUUAUUUGUGAAUAUUGUCUAAUAUUUCUAAACAAUUAAAGUGUGUGUGUUUGUAA